AAAACUUCAUAGCGGUGAUCAGAUUCACCAAAUUUCUCUUAACCAAAUCAAUCAAAAUGCUAAUCAAAUCCCAAAGAUUGACCCUUUUCUCUCCUCUCUUUCCCAAACCAAGACCGAUUCCGGUUUACUCCCACCAAACACUAGUCGCAGAUUCGGUGCUAACUCGGAGAAAACUCGGUGCGAUCACCGCAACUCCGAGUUUCCAAGGAAAUCCGGUGGUGACUCCGCGGAGAAUAAAAUUAGAGCAAGCUACGAGGAACUGCGUCGGAAGUGAUCGGGAAAUCGACGAAGAAGAAGAGGAGAAGAAGAGAGGGGAUCUGGUGAAACAGAGCAUAUGGGAACAGAUGAAAGAGAUAGUGAAGUUCACAGGUCCGGCGAUGGGGAUGUGGAUUUGUGGACCGUUGAUGAGUCUCAUCGACACGGUCGUCAUCGGCCAAGGAAGCUCCAUCGAACUCGCUGCUCUUGGACCGGGAACAGUACUAUGCGACCACAUGAGUUACGUCUUCAUGUUCCUCUCCGUGGCUACAUCCAACAUGGUCGCAACUUCUCUUGCCAAACAGGACAAGAAAGAAGCACAACAUCAAAUCUCUGUCUUGCUCUUCAUUGGAUUGGUUUGUGGACUAAUGAUGCUUUUGCUCACAAGAUUAUUCGGUCCUUGGGCUGUUACUGCUUUUACAAGGGGGAAGAACAUUGAGAUUGUCCCUGCAGCUAAUACAUAUAUUCAGAUUCGAGGCUUAGCGUGGCCGUUUAUCCUUGUUGGAUUGGUUGCUCAAAGCGCAAGUCUUGGAAUGAAGAACUCAUGGGGACCUCUUAAAGCUUUAGCUGCAGCAACGAUCAUUAAUGGUCUCGGAGAUACAAUCUUAUGCUUGUUUCUUGGACAAGGUAUUGCUGGAGCUGCUUGGGCAACAACUGCUUCUCAGGUUGUUUCGGCUUAUAUGAUGAUGGAUUCUCUGAACAAAGAAGGCUACAAUGCUUACUCCUUCGCUAUCCCUUCACCGCAAGAACUAUGGAAGAUCUCUGCACUCGCUGCACCUGUCUUUAUCUCCAUCUUCUCCAAGAUUGCUUUCUACUCUUUCAUCAUCUACUGUGCUACUUCCAUGGGAACUCACGUUUUAGCCGCUCAUCAGGUGAUGGCUCAGACGUACAGGAUGUGCAACGUAUGGGGUGAGCCACUCUCUCAAACGGCUCAGUCCUUUAUGCCAGAGAUGUUAUAUGGUGCGAACCGUAACCUUCCAAAGGCUAGAACGUUACUUAAGUCCCUAAUGAUUAUUGGAGCCACCCUUGGAUUAGUCUUGGGAGUUAUCGGAACAGCGGUUCCAGGCCUGUUUCCUGGUGUCUACACACAUGAUAAAGUCAUCAUAUCCCAGAUGCAUAAAUUGCUUAUACCUUUCUUCAUGGCGUUGUCUGCAUUGCCUAUGACAGUAUCCCUCGAGGGUACAUUGCUGGCGGGACGUGAUCUCAAAUUCGUCAGCUCAGUGAUGAGUUCAAGCUUCGUUCUUGGCUGUCUCACACUAAUGUUCGUGACUCGAAGUGGCUAUGGUUUACUCGGCUGCUGGUUCGUUCUCGUUGGAUUUCAAUGGGGUCGGUUUGGUCUGUAUCUACGACGGCUUCUUUCGCCUGGAGGCAUACUUAAUUCGGAUGGGAUAAGUCCAUAUACGGCGGAGAAGAUCAAAUCCAUUUAGUCUCAGUAUGAUGAUUUCAUUGAUUAUCUAAAGAGUUUGCCAACAAAUGGCUAAUUAUGAUAUCUCAGGCACCAAAAAAAGCAAGUCACAUCGAGCUCUGAGGCUCUAGAAUGAUGUCUAGGUUCUAAGCUUAUUGUCAACUUCUUUUUUUGGUCAGAGGCUCAAUGCAAAUUUAAAGCAUAAUAGACAAAUAAUAUUAAG